CUCAAUGUUUCACUCAUUUUCAUGUCAUCCCAACAUUUGACGUGAAAUUGAAACCCGUUUUGAAUCAUUUGCGACAACAUAUCGACAAUUGAAAUAAUGAUCCGGUUCAUACUGAUCCAGAACAGGGCGGGUAAGACCCGACUGGCCAAGUGGUACAUGAACUUCGAUGACGACGAGAAACAGAAGCUCAUUGAAGAGGUGCACGCAGUGGUCACUGUCAGGGAUGCCAAACACACCAACUUUGUUGAGUUCCGCAACUUUAAGAUAGUAUACCGUCGUUACGCCGGACUCUACUUCUGUAUAUGCGUUGACGUGAAUGAUAAUAAUCUGGUAUAUCUGGAAGCGAUUCAUAAUUUUGUCGAAGUCCUCAAUGAAUACUUCCAUAACGUGUGCGAACUGGACCUCGUCUUCAACUUCUAUAAAGUGUACAGUGUUGUGGAUGAGAUGUUCUUAGCCGGAGAGAUACGGGAAACCAGUCAAACAAAAGUGUUGAAACAACUCCUGGUUUACAAUUCACUGGAAUAGCCAUUCAUUGAAUUAGUAGUUUAUUAUCUAAUUAUUAUUCAUUCCUGUCAAAUGUAUCUUAUUUUUUGAAGUUUCCAUUUCAGUUGAUAUUUACAAGACAUUUGUUUCUGAUUUUGUCCUAUAAUUGUUUUAUCGAAAUCUCUAAAUAAAUUAAAUUUUACUUAAUAUA